AGCCCGCCCCGAGUGGCAGAUGCAGAGCUGCAGAUCCUGCUCCCUCUCACUCCCUGCGCUUCUGUCUCAGUUAGAAAUUACAGUUUGGGGAUCAAAUCAAAAAUCACACUUCACUAACGGCUGCUCUGAGUCGGUGCAGGAGGCAAGGGAAGCAGGAAUUCCUACUUUCGCCUAAAUUGUAUGCAAAUGGGCUCCUUUCCUGGCAAAGAGCAGGGGAGUGAGUAGCCUUUCAUGAGCUAACCCUGUUCCACUGGGAGGGCUGUGCCUUUAAUUCACCAACUGAAAAAGUGGGAAAGGAUGUCUGGAGGCGAGGCGUCCCAUUACAGAGGAAAGAGCUCACUAUAUAAGCCAGGCAAAGCUGGCUGCUCUGGCCACAGGCUGCCUACUGUCCCACGCGCUCCCGCGCAGACCCGCACACACCAGCCCCUCCUGUGCACAAAGACGGUGAGGGCGCGGAGUGACGCUGGGGGGGCAGCGCAUGUGGGGGCCCUGCCGCUCCUCACCUCCAGGUACCCAGUCCGUGGAGCUGCUGGUUCACUCAAGGAUCUAGGUCUCUCCCAACUCCGGAAAGAAGAGAAGUCUUUCAAGUUCAGGGACAACUAUUUGGAGUCUAUCCUGUGCUUCCAGAUCCCCAAUUCUGCUUGAGAGUGAGACAUCCUAGGACCACAGAACCCCAGAAACAUUCAGCCAAACCUGCCUCCACCAUGGGGGCCGUGACUCCGCUGUUGGCGGGCAUCUUCCUAGCUUUGCUCGCUCUCCCUACAGAAGGGGGGGUCCUCAAGAAAGUCAUCCGGCACAAGCGACAGAGUCAGGUGAAUGUCACCCUGCCAGAGGAAAACCAGCCAGUGGUGUUCAACCACGUCUACAACAUCAAGCUGCCUGUAGGGUCCCAGUGCUCGGUGGACCUGGAAUCAGCCAGUGGGGAGAAGGACUUGGCUCCAGCGUCAGAGCCCAGCGAGAGCUUCCAGGAGCACACCGUAGAUGGGGAAAACCAGAUCGUCUUCACGCACCGCAUCAACAUCCCCCGCCGGGCCUGUGGCUGUGCCCCGGCUCCGGACGUCAAGGAGCUUCUGCACAGGCUGGAGGAGCUGGAGAACCUGGUGUCGUCCCUGCGGGAGCAAUGCAUGGCAGGAGCAGGCUGCUGUCUCCAACCUGCUGAAGGUCGCCUGGACACCAGGCCCUUCUGCAGUGGCCGUGGCAACUUUAGCACAGAAGGAUGUGGCUGUGUUUGUGAACCUGGCUGGAAAGGCCCCAACUGCUCUGAGCCUGAAUGUCCAGGCAACUGUCACCUGCGAGGCCAGUGCCUCGCUGGACAGUGCAUCUGUGAUGAGGGCUUCUCUGGGGAUGACUGCAGCCAGCUGGCCUGCCCCAGUGACUGUAGUGACCAGGGCAAGUGCCUGGAAGGGGUCUGCGUGUGUUUCGAAGGUUACGCAGGGGCUGACUGCAGCCAGGAGGUCUGCCCGGUGCCCUGCAGCGAGGAGCACGGCCGGUGUGUGGAUGGCCGGUGCGUGUGCCACGAUGGCUUCGCAGGUGACGACUGCCGUGAGCCCCUGUGCCUCAACAACUGCCACAACCGUGGGCGGUGCGUGGAGAAUGAGUGUGUGUGCGACGAGGGCUUCACUGGCGAAGACUGCAGCGAGCUCAUCUGCCUCAACGACUGUUUUGACCGUGGCCGCUGCGUCAACGGCUCCUGCUUCUGCGAGGAAGGCUUCACAGGCGAGGACUGCAGCCAGCUCACCUGCCCGAAUGCCUGCAGUGGCCAGGGCCGGUGCCAGGUGGGCCAGUGCGUGUGCAACGAGGGCUUCGCCGGCGCGGACUGCAGUGAGAAGAGGUGUCCUGCUGAUUGUCACCACCGCGGUCACUGCACUGACGGGCAGUGUGAGUGUGAUGAUGGCUUCACGGGAGCCGACUGCAGUGAGCUCCAGUGUCCCAAUGGCUGCAGUGGCCACGGCCACUGCAUGAAUGGGCAGUGUGUGUGUGACGAGGGCCACACCGGGGAGGACUGCAGCCAGCUGCGGUGCCCCAACGACUGUAACAGCCGGGGCCGCUGUGUGCAGGGCAGGUGUGUGUGUGAGCAAGGUUUCCAGGGCUAUGACUGCAGCGACAUGAGCUGCCCCAGUGACUGCCACCAGCAUGGCCGCUGCGUGAAUGGCAUGUGCGUCUGUGACGACGGCUACACGGGUGAAGACUGCCGGGACCGGCGAUGCCCUAGGGAUUGCAGCAGCCGGGGCCGCUGUGUGGAUGGGCAGUGCAUGUGUGAGGAUGGCUUCACCGGCCCCGACUGUUCAGAGCUCUCCUGUCCCAGUGACUGCCACGGCCAGGGCCGCUGCAUGGAUGGCCAGUGCGUGUGCCAUGAUGGCUUCAUGGGCAAAGACUGCAAGGAAAGAAGGUGCCCCAGCGACUGUCACGGCCAGGGCCGCUGUGAGGACGGCCAGUGUAUCUGUCACGAGGGCUUCACUGGCCCAGACUGCGGGCAGCGCUCCUGCCCCAAUGACUGCAGUAACUGGGGGCAGUGCGUCACUGGCCGCUGCAUUUGCAGUGAGGGCCACACCGGGGAAGACUGCUCUGAGGUGUCCCCUCCCAAAGAACUCAUCGUGACCGAAGUGACAGAAGAGACCGUAAACCUGGCCUGGGACAAUGAGAUGCGGGUCACCGAGUACCUCGUCAUAUACACACCCACCCACGAGGAUGGCCUGGAGAUGCAGUUCCGUGUCCCUGGGGACCAGACGUCCACCACCAUCCGGGAGCUGGAGCCCGGCGUGGAGUACUUCAUCCGCGUGUUCGCCAUCCUGGAGAACAAGAAGAGCAUCCCCGUCAGCGCCAGGGUGGCCACUUACUUGCCAGCACCUGAAGGCCUAAAAUUCAAGUCCAUCAAGGAGACAUCUGUGGAAGUGGAGUGGGAUCCUCUGGACAUUGCUUUUGAAACGUGGGAGAUUAUCUUCCGGAAUAUGAAUAAAGAAGAUGAGGGAGAGAUCACCAAAAGCCUGCGGAGGCCAGAGACCACCUACCGGCAAACUGGCCUUGCCCCGGGGCAGGAGUACGAGAUAUCUCUGCACAUCGUGAAAAACAAUACCCGGGGCCCAGGUCUGAAAAGGGUAACAACCACCCGCCUGGAUGCCCCCAGCCAGAUAGAGGUGAAAGAUGUCACGGACACCACUGCUCUGGUCACCUGGUCCAAGCCAUUGGCUGAGAUCGACGGCAUCGAGCUCUCCUAUGGGAUCAAAGAUGUGCCAGGCGACCGGACCACCAUUGAUCUCACACACGAUGAGAGCCAAUACUCCAUCGGGAGCCUGAAGCCAGACACUGAGUACGAGGUGUCCCUCAUCUCCCGCAGGGCUGACAUGUCCAGCAAUCCGGCCAAAGAGACCUUCACAACAGGCCUGGACGCCCCAAGGAACCUCCGCCGCGUCUCCCAGACAGACACCAGCAUCACCCUGGAAUGGAAGAACGGCAAGGCCGCCGGUGACACUUACAGAAUCAAGUAUGCACCCAUCUCCGGAGGGGACCACGCUGAGGUUGAGGUGCCAAGGAGCCCCCACGCCACAACCAAAACCACGCUCACUGGUCUGAGGCCAGGAACUGAAUAUGGGAUUGGAGUGUCUGCUGUAAAGGGAGACAAGGAGAGUGACCCAGCCACCAUCAACGUGGCCACAGACAUAGAUGCACCCAAGGGCCUUCGGGUUUCUGAAACUACGGACACGAACCUGACCCUGCUCUGGAGGGCACCAUUGGCCAAGUUUGACCGUUACCGCCUCAACUACAGCUUUCCUUCAGGCCAGCCAGUGGAGGUGCCGCUUCCCAGGGACACCACCUCCUAUGUGCUGAGAGACCUGCAGCCGGGGCAGGAAUACACCAUCCUCCUCACAGCAGAGAAGGGCAGGCACAAGAGCAAGCCCGCGCGUGUGAAGGCAACCACAGACCCCAUCCCUGAGCUGGAAAACCUCUCUGUGACCGAGGCUGGCUGGGAUGGCCUCAGACUCGACUGGACCGCAGCUGACCAAGCCUAUGAGCACUUUGUCAUUCAGGUGCAGGAGGCCAACAGAGUGGACGCAACCCAGAACCUCACGGUGCCCGGCAGCCUGCGGACCGUGCACGUUCCUGGCCUCAAGGCCGCCACCCCGUAUAGAGUUACCAUCUAUGGGGUGAUCCGGGGCCAUAGAACACCAGUGCUGUCUGCUGACGCCUCCACAGGGGAAACUCCCAAUUUGGGAGAGGUCACGGUGUCCAAGGUGGGCUGGGAUGCCCUCAGGCUCGACUGGACUGCUCCACCAGGAGCCUAUGAACAGUUUUUCAUUCAGGUGCAGGAGGCUGACACAGUAGAGGCAGUCCAGAACCUCACAGUCCCAGGAGGGCAGAGGUCUGUGGACUUACCUGGACUCAAAACAGCUACUCGUUAUAACAUCACCAUCCACGGGGUCACCCAGGACUUCAGCACAACCCCUCUCUCUGUUGAGGUCUUAACAGAGGAGGUUCCAGAUCUGGGAAACCUCACAGUGAACAAGGUUAGCUGGGAUGCCCUCAUCCUGGACUGGACAGCCCCUGAUGGCAUCCAUGAUCAGUUUGUUGUUGAGGUCCAGGAGGGUGACCGGGCCGGAGAAGCUCGGAGUCUCACAGUUCCUGGCAACCUGCGCUCUGUGGAAAUCCCAGGCCUCAGGGCUGGAACCCCUUACACAAUCAGCCUGCACGGCGAGGUCAGGGGCCGUCGCACUCGACCCCUUGCUGUGGAGGUCAUCACAGAGGAGCUCCCUCAGCUGGGAGACUUAGCCGUGACCGAGGCUGGCUGGGAUGGCCUCAGACUCGACUGGACUGCAGCUGACCAAGCCUAUGAGCACUUUGUCAUUCAGGUGCAGGAGGCCAACAGAGUAGACACAGCCCAGAACCUCACGGUGCCUGGCAGCCUGCGGACCAUGCACGUCCCUGGCCUCAAGGCCUCCACCACUUAUAGAGUUACCAUCUAUGGGGUGAUCCGGGGCUAUAGAACACCAGUGCUGUCUACUGACGCCUCCACAGGGGAAACUCCCAAUUUGGGAGAGGUCACGGUGUCCAAGGUGGGCUGGGAUGCCCUCAGGCUCGACUGGACUGCUCCACCAGGAGCCUAUGAACAGUUUUUCAUUCAGGUGCAGGAGGCUGACACAGUAGAGGCAGUCCAGAACCUCACAGUCCCAGGAGGGCAGAGGUCUGUGGACUUACCUGGACUCAAAACAGCUACUCGUUAUAACAUCACCAUCCACGGGGUCACCCAGGACUUCAGCACAACCCCUCUCUCUGUUGAGGUCUUAACAGAGGAGGUUCCAGAUCUGGGAAACCUCACAGUGAACAAGGUUAGCUGGGAUGCCCUCAUCCUGGACUGGACAGCCCCUGAUGGCAUCCAUGAUCAGUUUGUUGUUGAGGUCCAGGAGGGUGACCGGGCCGGAGAAGCUCGGAGUCUCACAGUUCCUGGCAACCUGCGCUCUGUGGAAAUCCCAGGCCUCAGGGCUGGAACCCCUUACACAAUCAGCCUGCACGGCGAGGUCAGGGGCCGUCGCACUCGACCCCUUGCUGUGGAGGUCAUCACAGAGGAGCUCCCUCAGCUGGGAGACUUAGCCGUGACCGAGGCUGGCUGGGAUGGCCUCAGACUCGACUGGACUGCAGCUGACCAAGCCUAUGAGCACUUUGUCAUUCAGGUGCAGGAGGCCAACAGAGUAGACACAGCCCAGAACCUCACGGUGCCUGGCAGCCUGCGGACCAUGCACGUCCCUGGCCUCAAGGCCUCCACCACUUAUAGAGUUACCAUCUAUGGGGUGAUCCGGGGCUAUAGAACACCAGUGCUGUCUACUGACGCCUCCACAGCUGGAGAACCUGAAAUUGGAAACUUAAAUGUUUCCAGCGUAACUCCUGAAAGCUUCAAUCUCUCCUGGACAGCUACCGAUGGAGCCUUCGAGACUUUUACCAUUGAAAUUGUUGAUUUCAAUAGGUUCCUAGAGACGAUGGUAUAUAAUAUCUCUGGUGCUGAACGAACUGCCUACAUCUCAGGGCUACGCCCCAAUAAUGAUUUUAUUAUCUACCUCUCUGGCGUCGCUCCCAGCAUCCGGACCAAAACCAUCAGUGCCACAGCCACCACAGAGGCCCUGCCCCUUCUGGAAAACCUAACCAUUUCCGACAUUAAUCCCUACGGGUUCACAGUUUCCUGGAUGGCAUCGGAGAAUGCCUUUGACAGCUUCCUAGUAACGGUGAUGGAUUCUGGGAAGCUUCUGGACCCCCAAGAAUUCACACUUUCAGGAACCCAGAGGAAGCUGGAGCUUAGAGGCCUCAUAACUGGCAUUGGCUAUGAGGUUAUGGUCUCUGGCUUCAUCCAAGGGCAUCAGACCAAGCCCUUGAGGGCUGAGAUUGUUACAGAAGCCGAGCCAGAAGUUGACAACCUUCUGGUUUCCGAUGCCACUCCAGACGGUUUCCGUCUGUCCUGGACAGCUGAUGAAGGGGUCUUCGACAGUUUUGUUCUCAAAAUCAGAGACACCAAAAAGCAGUCUGAGCCACUGGAAAUAACCCUUCUUGCCCCCGAACGUACCAGGGACAUAACAGGUCUCAGAGAGGCCACUGAAUACGAAAUUGAACUCUAUGGAACAACUAGUGGAAGGCGAUCCCAGCCAAUCAGUGCCAUAGCAACAACAGCCAUGGGCUCCCCGAAGGAAAUCAUUUUCUCAGACAUCACUGAGAACUCGGCCACUGUCAGCUGGCUCGCACCCACUACCCAGGUGGAGAGCUUCCGGAUUACCUACGUGCCCAUGGCAGGAGGUACACCCUCAGUGGUAACGGUGGGUGGAACCGAGCCCCAGACCAGGCUGGUGAGGCUUCUGCCUGGCACGGAGUACCUCGUCAGCAUCAUCGCCAUGAAGGGCUUCGAGGAAAGCGAACCCGUCUCAGGAUCGUUCACCACAGCUCUGGAUGGCCCAUCUGGCCUGAUGACAGCCAACAUCACCAGCUCGGGAGCCCUGGCCACAUGGCAGCCAGCCAUUGCCCCUGUGGACAGUUACGUCAUCUCCUACACAGGGGAGAAAGUGCCAGAAAUCACACGCACCGUGUCCGGGAACAUGGUGGAGUAUGCCCUAACAGACCUCGAGCCUGCCACAGAAUACACGCUGAGGAUCUUUGCAGAGAAGGGGCCCCAGAAGAGCUCAAUCAUCUCUACCAAGUUCACAACAGAUCUUGAUCCUCCAAGAGACUGGACUGCUGCUGAAGUUCAGUCAGAAACUGCCCUCCUCACCUGGCGACCCCCCAGGGCAUCUGUCACCGGUUACCUAUUGGUGUAUGAAUCCGUGGAUGGUACAGUCAAGGAAGUCAUUGUGGGUCCAGACACCACCUCGUACAGCCUGGCAGAGUUGAGCCCAUCCACGCACUACACGGCCAAGAUCCAGGCAUUGAACGGGCCUCUGAGGAGCAGGCUGGUUCAGACCUUCUUCACCACAAUUGGACUCCUAUACCCGUUCCCCAGAGACUGCUCCCAAGCAAUGCUGAAUGGAGACACCACCUCUGGCCUCUACACCAUCUAUCUGAAUGGCGACAAGGCCCAGCCUCUGGAGGUCUUCUGUGACAUGACCUCAGAUGGGGGUGGAUGGAUCGUGUUCCUGAGACGCAAAAAUGGACAUGAGGAUUUCUACCGAAACUGGAAAGCCUAUGCUGCUGGGUUUGGGGACCGCAGAGAAGAAUUCUGGCUUGGGCUGGACAACCUGAACAAAAUCACAGCCCAGGGUCAGUAUGAGCUGCGGGUGGACCUGCGGGACCACGGGAAGACAGCCUACGCCGUCUACGACAAGUUCAGUGUGGGAGACGCCAAGACGCGCUACAAGCUGAAGGUGGAGGGCUACAGUGGUACAGCAGGUGACUCUAUGGCCUACCACAACGGCAGAUCCUUCUCCACCUUCGACAAGGACACAGACUCAGCCAUCACCAACUGCGCCCUGUCCUACAAGGGGGCUUUCUGGUACAAGAACUGUCACCGUGUCAACCUCAUGGGGAGAUAUGGGGACAAUAACCAUAGUCAGGGUGUUAACUGGUUCCACUGGAAGGGCCACGAAUAUUCAAUCCAGUUUGCUGAGAUGAAGUUGAGACCCAGCAGCUUCCGCAAUUUCGAAGGCAGGCGCAAACGGGCAUAAAUUCCAGGGACAGCUGGGUAAGAGAGGAGUAGGGUCCAGAGAAAGAAGAGAAUUUUACCAAAGUAUUAACACAACCAGCCCAACCAUCAAGCCCCAGCUGGACAUUUGGCAGCAGUGGAAGUUGACCAUGGGUCAUCGGGGCCAAUGGCAGAAGCACGGGUCUCACCCUCUGUGAUUGCUUCCUUCGCACCAAAGACCACAGUCUCCAACUGUUUUGUUGUUUGAAUCAGCAAGUCUUCCAGUGGCAACAUCACAGUGGUUUUCCUUCUCUUGGGCGGCUCUGGGAAGGGGAGAGGGGCAGGCUGUACAGUGGUAGUUUGUUUUAGUACCAGCUGUAUUUUACACAAAGCUGUAUAAUUAAUUGUCAUUAUUUUUGUUAGCAGUGAUUCAAUGUGUGUCAUUGGAAGGCGUCCCUUUUUCUACAUUUCGUACCACAGAAACCAGAAAAGCAAUACUGUUUCCUUUUUUAAGGAUAUGAUUAAUAUUAUUAAUAUAAUAAUAAUGAGGAUGAAAACUAAGGAUUUGUAAAGAGAUCUUCCUUCCCAAAACACAUCCGGACAGUACCUGAUUGUAUUUUUUUUUUAAAUAAAAGCACAGUACUUUUGAA